UCAUAAAUAAAAAUGGAUCCGGCUUCGCUAGAAUACGUGGAACAGCUUCAGCAAAAUGUUGCUGAAUUACAUCAAUUGGGACGAGAAUGGGGAAUGACAGACGAUGAAAUGUCAGAUUGUAUUGAAAGAGUCCUUAGAGAAAAUGAAAAUGUCAUUGUAUCCCCACCUCGAAAGUCUACAGCAAGACGAAUCUGGCGAUGCAUUGGUUACACCCCCGUGGUUGUAUCCUGUUUGAUUUUGGGCGUGUUGAUUCUUUUCGCAGGAUCGUCUCUCUUAUUUGUUGUGUUCCCUUCUGCUGAACAUUACAUGUCCGGAAAGCUUCAACCAUACGGUUAUACAAUUUUCAGAACAAUACGACUCGCAACUCUCCCUCUCCACCGCUAUUUCAACAUAACAAGUCUAUAUGAUGCAGAGUGCCUUGUUGAAAAUCCAUGGUAUGAAGAGCCAACAUUGGAAUGCAACUGGUGUGAAAACAUAAAGAAUAUUGAAAGUCUAAACGAUACAAAAAACCAUGACUUAAUUGAUGAAUUUAUGAGAGAAGCUAGACCUAUUGUUUUUAAGAAUCUAGCAAAUGUAGUGAACUUUGAGGAUCUGCGAGGUUUGUACAGACAGAACAAUGUAGUCCUGGACAAUGCAGCCUUCUUCAGGUCCAGUGUCCCAGGAAUGAGAUCCAUACAGGAACUCUUUGGUGAUGAAGUAGAUGAGAACACCUUAAUGAAGGACGGAACAACUAUACACUGGGUGACAAGAAACAUGGCUGGCAGUCAGGUGAUCAGGAAGUUGUUCCCCCGGCCGACUUUUAUUCCACCAGAGAGUGAAGUGGCACUAGAAAGAGUUAUCUUCAUCGAUGGACAUAAAUCAGAUCAUUAUGAACUGGUUGUGUUGCCGCUACAGAUGGGAUAUUAUAUCCAAGCCUCAGGAAAUCACAAAGUCAUUGUCACCCCUCUGAAACAUUGUAGAGAUGUAUGUAACCCCAUGCAAACUGUUCUAAAGGAAGGAGACAUUUUGACUUAUAACCCCUCAGUCUGGAAGGUAGUGGUGAUGCCUAACUUCCAGAAUAAGCUCAGUAUUGGGUACGCUGGAUCAUUUUCAUUCAAUGGUUUGGACUUUGACCUCAAAGAGUCAGAGGAUGCGGAAAUCCAACCGGAUCCUGAUGCCGAGCCUCAGGAAUCAGUCCAGGAAGAAGACAGCAAAACGGAGCAAACAUAGAGGGCAGUCCUGUAAAUCGUCAAACGUAUUCUCCACCUCACCUCUUAAUUUUAGAACUCUUUAGAUAAAAAAAGAUAAAAUACAAUUGAAAGAUUGUUUUGGAGAAAAAAACUGAUCAACUUGUCAAUUUUUAUUGUGUAAUGAAAAAUUAAAAAAUAAAGAAGACUGCAGAUCA